CCUUGGUCUCUUCUGGGCGGCCCAAAUGGCUUCAACUUAUGCCUCUGCUGCAUGCAACUCCAGGCAGAGCCACUACUCCUCUACAGAGGUUUCCUUUGCAAAAAGCUGGGUGAACUCAGCUGAGUACGUUUCUGCUGCACAUUUCCAAUCCAAUUUGCAAAAAUCUUCAAUGUUCAUAUCCCCUCUCCCAAACCGUAUUUUGCGGGUGGACGACAGUGCGCCUAACAUAGCCGAUCUGAGUUCAGAGGAGAACCACACACUGUAUGUCUUCUCCUGGAUGAACAGUAUGAACAAUGUACUUGGUGGGACACUGGUGAGUUUGUGGAAAAGUGCCAUGUGUUCAGUGAACACAAGAGAGAAAGGCAGUAAGUUGCUGGAGCAGCUCCUACUGAAUCCCAGCUUUGCCACACAAACUUUCCUGUCCAUCAUCACUGGAAUGACUUUGAGCUGCUGAGACAAACUUAGAGACACACAAACUUAGAGAGAUAGCGACUCUAAUUA